AGAAAGUACCCAAAACAAACUGGUUUUAAAAUGAAAGUUUUACGGUAUUUUGUUAGUACAAGGAAAAAACAAUGGAGAAUAUUUAUAGUUUGUUUAAUUUUGGCAAUUACUGGAUACUUUCUGUGGUUUUUUAAUCAGUGGGAAAGUUAUAUUCGUUCUAAUGAACAAUAUAUGCAAAAUAUUUCUCUUAUUGGAGUUCAAACUUCUGUAAAAACUUUGUCAAUAGACAGGCUCCCUACUAGAAGAAACAAAGGUCUUAUUGUUGCUUCAGAAAAGCCUCAAGGAACAUUAAAACCAAGUUAUGGAGAGAGAACUUUAAUGUCAAAGACAACAAAAUUGCCAAGUCAAAGUCAUAACAUCAAAAAUCUUUUGCUAAGUAAAGUCUCAAAUAAUGUUCAUAUAUUCUAUUAUCCCUGGUAUGGAAAUCCAACAACAGAUGGGAAAUACUUGCAUUGGAAUCAUCAAUAUCUCCCGCACUGGAAUAGCGAGAUUGCAAAACAGUAUAAGAAAGGGGUCCACGUCCCCCCUGAUGAUAUCGGAUCAGAUUUUUACCCAGAGCUUGGGUGUUAUAGUUCAUCGGACGAUAGCACAAUAAGGGAACAUAUGAAGCAAAUAAGGACAUCAGGUGCUGGGGUAGUAGUUGUAUCAUGGUAUCCAAGGGAUAAGGCUGAUCAGCAAGGGAUACCAGUUGACAAACUUGUUCCAAAGCUUCUGAACAUUGCGGAUGAGUUCAAGCUGAAAAUUACACUGCACAUUGAGCCAUACAAAGGUCGCAAUGAAAAAACGGUCCGAGAUGAUGCAAUCUACAUUCAUAAGAGAUAUGCGAAGCAUCCAGCAUUUUAUAAAUAUCGAACUAGAGAAGGCCGAUAUUUGCCAUUAUUGUAUAUUUAUGAUUCAUACCACACUAAGCCUCAUGAAUGGGCAAAUCUUUUGAAACCAGAUGGUAAAUAUACAAUACGAGAUACACCUUAUGACUGUGUUAUGAUAGCAUUGAUGGUAGAGUUCAAUCAUAAGGAUUAUAUUGAUAUUGGUGGAUUUGAUGGUUUCUAUACAUAUUUUGCUGUCAAUGGUUUCACAUACGGUUCAAGGUUGAGUGCAUGGCCAAAGUUGAAAUCUUUUGCAGUUCAAACAAACUCAAUAUUUAUCCCAAGUGUAGGACCAGGCUAUAUCGACACUAGUAUUCGUCCCUGGAAUGACGCCAAUACCAGACAGAGAGAGAAUGGGGAAUAUUACAAGAGGAGCUUCAAGGCUGCAUUAUCAGUUCAACCACCAAUCAUUUCUGUGACGUCUUUUAAUGAGUGGCAUGAAGGGACGCAAAUUGAAAAAGCAAUUCCCAAGUCAGGAAAUGGAUUUACUUAUAAAGAUUAUUUACCUAAUGGACCUGAUUAUUACUUGAAGUUGACAAGGAUGUUUGUGGGAAAGUUUCAAAAAUGGGAUACAAAAUAAAUA